GUCCCCCCCCGGGCCCGGAGACGCCCCCCGCCCCAGUCAUGCUGAGCAGAGUAUGGAAGCAGCUGACUACGAAGUGCUAGCCGUGCGAGAGCAGUUGUUCCACGAGAGGGUCCGCGAGUGCAUCAUAUCAGCGCUUCUGUUUGCCACACUCUACAUCCUCUGCCACAUCGCCCUGACCCGCUUCAAGAAGCCUGCUGAGUUCACCACAGUGGAUGAUGAAGAUGCCACCGUCAACAAGAUUGCGCUGGAGCUCUGUACCUUCACCCUGGCGGUUGCCCUGGGUGCUGUCCUGCUCCUGCCCUUCUCCAUCAUCAGCAACGAGGUGUUGCUCUCUCUGCCGAGGAACUACUACAUCCAGUGGCUCAACGGCUCCCUCAUCCACGGCCUCUGGAACCUGGUUUUUCUCUUCUCCAAUUUGUCCCUCAUCUUUCUUAUGCCCUUCGCAUACUUCUUCACCGAGUCGGAGGGCUUUGCUGGCUCCAGGAAGGGGGUCCUGGGCCGAGUCUACGAGACUGUGGUGAUGCUGAUGCUUCUUACGCUACUGGUGCUGGGCAUGGUGUGGGUGGCAUCGGCCAUUGUGGACAACAACAAGGCCAGCAGGGAGUCACUCUACGACUUCUGGGAGUAUUACCUCCCCUACCUCUAUUCCUGCAUCUCCUUCCUGGGGGUCCUGCUGCUCCUGGUGUGUACUCCACUAGGUCUUGCCCGCAUGUUCUCCGUCACCGGGAAGCUGCUGGUUAAGCCCCGGCUGUUGGAAGACCUGGAGGAGCAGCUGUACUGCUCAGCCUUUGAAGAGGCAGCUUUGACCCGCAGGAUUUGCAAUCCCACCUCUUGCUGGCUGCACUUGGAUAUGGAGCUGCUGCAUAGACAGGUCCUGGCUCUGCAGACUCAGAGGGUGCUGCUGGAGAAGCGACGGAAGGCUUCAGCCUGGCAGCGGAACCUGGGCUACCCCUUGGCCAUGCUGUGCCUGCUGGGACUGACGGGCUUGUCAGUGCUUAUUGUCGCCAUUCACAUCCUGGAACUGCUCAUCGAUGAGGCAGCCAUGCCCCGGGGCAUGCAGGGUGCCUCGUUGGGCCAGGUGUCCUUCUCCAAGCUGGGCUCCUUUGGUGCCGUCAUUCAGGUUGUACUUAUCUUUUACCUGAUGGUUUCUUCAGUCGUGGGAUUCUACAGUUCUCCGCUUUUCCGGUGCCUACGGCCCAGAUGGCAUGACACAGCCAUGACGCAGAUCAUUGGGAACUGUGUCUGUCUCCUGGUCCUAAGCUCAGCACUUCCUGUCUUCUCUCGAACCCUGGGGCUGACUCGCUUCGACCUUCUGGGAGACUUCGGCCGCUUCAACUGGCUGGGCAAUUUCUACAUCGUGUUCCUCUACAACGCAGCCUUCGCGGGCCUCACCACUCUCUGUUUGGUGAAAACCUUCACCGCGGCCGUGCGGGCAGAGCUGAUCAGGGCCUUUGGGCUCGACAGACUGCCGUUGCCUGUCUCUGGUUUCCCCCGGGCAUCCAGGAAGACCCAGCACCAGUGAUCUCCAGCUGGGGGUGGGAGGGAGAGAACUGGACACUGCCAUCUGCUGCUCAGACCCAGAGGGCACCCGGGGGUGGGUGGCCCUCGGGACUUGGAAUCUGAGAGGGUGGGUGGCAGGGGAGCGGGGCCAUCUGCACUGUUGCAUAAUCUGAGCCAGAGUUGGGACCAGGGCCCCCUCUUUUGUCCAGACUUCAUUGUGGGCCUGAACUCGGGGUGACUCUGGAUAACUGGGUCUGGCCACUGGUCCCAAAUCCGUUUACACAUCAGUCUGCCUCACUGCUGUUUGGGCCAUGCCCACUAGCCAUGUUUACAUGAUUUGAUGUGCAAUAGGGUGGGUGGGGGCAGGGGAGGGACUGAGCCUGAGGCUGACCUGGGAGGCCGAGUGUCUCCUUGGCCUCUGGCCCAGCUAAGCCUUAAGCACUGUGUUACUCUGGAGGUGCUUUGGACCACCUGUGAGACAAGGGCAGAGGGAGGAAGCGACCUCAACCAUCAGCAAUAAAGUUGAUCCCAGGGUUUGGUUUGGUUU